AUGAAGUUGAACUCUGCUAUCGCCGCGGCCUUACUGGCCACUGGUACAUAUGCCGACGAAGCCUCCAAGGUUGAAAACACCGAGUCGUCCACUUCUGCCUCCGUUGAGGUGCCCACCUUCACUCCCACCACCCUCAAAGCUCCCUUCAUCGAGCAGUUCACUGAUGACUGGGAGUCGCGGUGGAAGCCUUCUCACGCCAAGAAGGAGGUUAAGGGUCAGGAAGAGGAAUGGGCUUACGUUGGCGAGUGGGCUGUCGAGGAGCCCUACAAGUUUAAGGGUAUCGAAGGCGACAAGGGUCUUGUUGUCAAGAAUGUUGCCGCUCACCACGCCAUAUCCGCCAAGUUCCCUAAGAAGAUCGACCCUAAGGGCAAGGAAUUAGUUGUCCAAUAUGAGGUCAAGCUCCAGAAGGGUCUCGAAUGCGGUGGUGCCUACCUAAAGCUCCUCCGAGACACCAAGUCUCUUCACCAGGACGAGUUCAGCAACACUACACCGUACGUUAUCAUGUUCGGUCCUGACAAGUGCGGUGCCACCAACAAGGUCCACUUCAUCUUCAACCACAAGAACCCUAAGACUGGCGAGUACGAGGAGAAGCACCUGUCUGCUGCCCCUACGGCUUCCAUCCAGAAGACUACCGAGCUCUACACCUUGGUCGUCCGACCCAACAACACCUUCACUGUCAAGCGUGGUGGUGACAUUGUCCGGGACGGAAGUCUCUUCGACCAGUUCUCCCCUUCCGUCAACCCCGAGGAGGAAAUUGACGACCCCAAUGACAAGAAGCCGGAUGACUGGGUUGACGAGGCCCGCAUUCCCGACCCCGACGCCAAGAAGCCGGAUGACUGGGAUGAGGAUGCUCCUUUCGAGAUCGUCGAUGAGGAGGCUACCAAACCCGAGGACUGGCUUGAGGAGGAGCCUCUGACUGUUCCUGACCCCGAGGCCCAGAAGCCCGAGGAUUGGGAUGACGAGGAAGAUGGUGACUGGAUCCCUCCCACCGUUCCUAACCCCAAGUGUGCUGAUGCCUCCGGAUGUGGCCCUUGGACCAAGCCCAUGAAGAAGAACCCCGACUACAAGGGCAAGUGGACUGCGCCCUACAUUGACAACCCUGCUUACAAGGGCGUCUGGGCUCCUCGCAAGAUUAAGAACCCCGACUACUUCGAGGACAAGAACCCUGCUAACUUUGAGCCCAUUGGCGCUGUUGGUUUCGAACUCUGGACUAUGCAGAACGACAUCCUCUUCGACAACAUUUACAUUGGUCACUCUGAGGCUGACGCUGAGAAGUUCGCUCAGGAAACUUUCUUCAAGAAGUUGCCUGUUGAGAAGGCUCUUGAGGAGGCCGAGAAGCCCAAGAAGGACGACUCGGUCAAGUCCCCCUCAGACCUCAAGUUCCUGGAUGACCCCGUCCUAUACGCCAGGGAGAAGCUUGACCUGUUCACAACCAUUUUCGCGAACGACCCUAUCCAGGCUAUUAAGUUUGUCCCUGAGGUUCCUGUUGCUAUUGGUGCUAUCCUGGCUCUUGUCGGUACCAUCUUCGGUGUUCUCUUCCUUGGAGGUAGCGCACCCCAGCCUGUUAAGAAGGCUGCUGUGGACGCCAAGGAGAAGGCUAAGGAUGCUAAGGACAAGACAGCUGAGGCUGUCGCCACAGGCGCUGAGAACGUUAAGGCUGAGGUCAACAAACGUACUACACGACAACAAUCUUAAUCAGCGGAUUAUGAUGAGUACAUAAAGGGGCAAUAUGGAGAAGAAGAAAAAAAAGAACAGGCGGCCCGCUAUAACGUAGUGAAGGUCAGUUAGGGGAUAUAGUGCGAUAAUAAGGGCACGCCUUUGUGACUUCAACUUUACUUUGCAUGGCGCUGGUGUAUUUUACCUACCCUACCCAAUGAACAGUUAACUGCACUCUUGCUUUGCUACGAUCUAAGUGUAUGAAUUGUAUGUUACGCAUUACAAAUGUAUCGUGCUUUAAACACAUGGCACAGUAAGUCUAAGAGAUUGUCAUAGUACACUCAGCAACAAUAAUAUUUAAAGAGUUUUGAAA